GGGGCCCCGCGCAGGCGUGGAGUGGGUGUCCGUUCUCGCGAGCGCUGGGGCCGGCGCGGAGGCGCGGGCCGGGCUGUGCCGGCAGGGCUGAGGAAUUUGAUGUAAGAAGGCCCGGUGUGUGGGAGCCAUGGGUUUGUCUGCAUCCUCCCCGGCUGCUGCAGGUCAGUCGCCAGAUGCAUCCAGGCAGUACCAGACGGUGUCUCCACCUUCAGAAUGUCCCAUGCAUCAGGAAAAAAUGAGCGGUUGUCCAAUGCACAUGAAAACUGCUGAUCACAGAACUGAGAACACAGAUGAUGUUCCUGCACAUCAAGAAAGAGCUUAUGAGUUUGUAGCAUGUCCUAUGAAGUCUGGUUCAUCUCAAGUGAAAGAUGACAUAGAUCCUAGCAAUAUGAUGCCUCCUCCUAAUCAGCAGCCAUCCCCAGGUCAACCAUUUCCGUUGUCAACUGUUAGAGAAGAAUCUUCUAUUCCUAGAGCACAUUCUGACAAGAAAUGGGUCUACCCUUCAGAGCAAAUGUUCUGGAAUGCUAUGCUAAGAAAAGGGUGGAGAUGGAAAGAUGAUGACAUAACAAGUGAAGACAUGACCAACAUCAUUAAGAUUCACAACCAAAAUAAUGAACAAGCUUGGAAGGAGAUUUUGAAGUGGGAAGCUCUUCAUGCUGCGGAGUGUCCGUGUGGACCAUCACUGAUGCGGUUUGGAGGCAAAGCAAAGGAGUAUUCACCAAGAGCCAGAAUACGUUCAUGGAUGGGAUAUGAGCUACCCUUUGACAGACAUGAUUGGAUUGUUGACCGGUGUGGAAAAGAAGUGCGCUACGUUAUUGAUUACUACGAUGGCGGAGCAGUGGAUAAGAACUACCAGUUCACCAUCCUGGAUGUGCGCCCUGCAUUGGACUCUCUCUCGGCUGUGUGGGACAGAACAAAGGUAGCUUGGUGGCGCUGGACUUCAUAACUGCUCCUGAGGUGUGUACUCAAAAAGUAACUACUUUCCUCCUAGGCAAAGGAUAAGUGAAUACCAGGACUUGAAAUGGAAGUUCACUGCAGCUGUCAUUGUUUUCAUGAUUACCACUGUUCUUAGGGGAUGGGAAGGGAGGAUGGGGAAAUCUGUUGUUAAGCACACCAAUGCUUUGUGGUGUUUCAAAUGGAAUAAUAAAGUUAUAGUAGCAAAAACAUGUAUCUUAAUUUUCUUAAAAACUGGGGAACCUUUUUUACUUUGGCUCAGAUUGUGCAUAAGCUUGCCGCCUUUUCAUUUCAUGACUUCAGUGCUGCACCAAAUACAUUACAGUUCUGAUUCUGACUGAAGUUUUGAGUAUUACUUCAUUAGUGAAAACUGGAAAUUUCAUAAAUCAUAUAAUUAAAGUGUUUGGAUACCUCAAUGAUGAAUAAAGGGUAAAAGAUCUGGAUUGUUUCAAA